GCGCCCUCUGGGCACUGGUGUGAGACAGCUGGCCCCGGCAGUGGCAGAGUGGCUACAAGCAGCGGCCCGGCGAUCCCGAGCUAGCUGUGCUGCAGGUGCCAGGCCAGGGACCUGCAGCGACCACCACCCCUGAACAGAAGCAGCCUUUGCUGACUACCCUUCCUCGAUUUUUGAAGAUGGCAGGUGAAAUCACAGAGACUGGAGAACUCUAUUCUCCCUAUGUGGGCCUGGUGUACAUGUUCAACCUCAUUGUGGGCACAGGCGCACUCACCAUGCCCAAGGCCUUUGCCACCGCCGGCUGGCUCGUCAGUCUCAUCCUCCUGGUGUUCCUGGGCUUGAUGAGCUUCGUGACCACUACCUUUGUAGUGGAGGCCAUGGCCGCAGCCAAUGCACAGCUCCGCUGGAAGAGAAUGGAAACCCACAAGGAGGAGGAAGAUGACGACUCCUCCACAGCCUCAGACAGUGAUGUUCUCACUCAGGACAGCUAUGUGAAGGCAGAGAAGCAGCCCAUCCUGUCUGUGCAGAGACGUGUACCUCCCAACCUGUUUGAAAUCACAGACCGGGUGGAAAUGGGACAGAUGGCCUCCAUGUUCUUCAAUAAAGUGGGGGUCAACUUGUUCUAUUUCUGCAUCAUCAUUUACCUGUAUGGGGACCUGGCCAUCUAUGCUGCAGCUGUGCCCUUUUCCCUCAUGCAGGUGACCUGCAGUGCCUCUGGCAACGACUCCUGCAGCAUGGAGGCAGACACCAAGCACAACGACACUGACCGGUGCUGGGGUCCCCUGCGCCGAGUGGACGCCUACCGCAUCUACCUGGCUGCCUUCACUCUCCUCCUGGGACCGUUCACCUUCUUUGAUGUCCAGAAGACCAAGUACCUGCAGAUCCUGACCUCUUUGAUGAGAUGGAUCGCUUUCACCAUCAUGAUCGUCCUGGCCCUGGUCCGAAUCGGGAAGGGCCAAGGGGAGGGGCACCCGCCCCUGGCCGACUUCUCAGGGGUCCGGAACCUGUUUGGGGUGUGCGUGUACUCCUUCAUGUGCCAGCACUCCCUGCCGUCCCUCAUCACCCCUGUGUCCUCCAAGCGCCACCUCACACACCUGGUGUUCCUGGACUACGUGCUGAUCCUGGCCUUCUAUGGCCUCCUGUCCUUCACUGCCAUCUUCUGCUUCCGUGGUGACAGCCUCAUGGACAUGUACACACUCAACUUUGCUCGCUGUGAUGUCGUAGGCCUGGCUGCCAUCCGCUUCUUCCUGGGCCUCUUCCCUGUCUUCACCAUCAGCACCAACUUCCCCAUCAUUGCCGUGACUCUACGCAACAACUGGAAGACACUCUUCCACCGAGAGGGCGGCACGUACCCGUGGGUGGUGGACCGCGUGGUGUUCCCCACCAUCACCCUGGUGCCCCCUGUGCUGGUGGCCUUCUGCACCCAUGACCUGGAGUCCCUGGUGGGCAUCACAGGGGCCUAUGCGGGUACUGGCAUCCAGUACGUUAUCCCUGCCUUCCUGGUGUACCUCUGCCGCAAGGACACUCAGCUGGCCUUCGGCUACGGGACUGUCAACAAGCACAGGUCCCCAUUCCGCCACACAUUCUGGGUGGGCUUCGUGCUCCUCUGGGCCUUCUCCUGCUUCAUUUUCGUCACAGCCAACAUUGUCCUCAGCGAGACCAAGCUCUGAUGGCAGGACAUUCCUGGUGACAAGAGGGCUGGGGGCAAGAUUUAGUUGCCACCAGGCCUUCGUGGGCAGGCAAGGCAGGGGCUCCCAAGGGGACCUCCUCAGCUGGGGGUCUCUGCCAGGAUCUGCCUGAUCUGCACCUGGCGUUGCCCACUGGGGCAGCAUGUGGCUGCUCCCAGGUUCUAGAAGGUACCCCUCUGUUUUACACUCCACCCCUACCCCUGGAGGUGGGCUCCUCCCUCUGGGGUGGAAGAGGCAGUGCUGGCACUGCCACUAUUUAUACCAGACCCUGUGUCCCUCCUCCUCCCUCCUCAGCCCCUCCUUCGUCCUUGCCUGUCCACUAGCAACUGCUGCCACUUCAGGGGCCGAUCCCAGGCCAUAGCCACCCUAACUCAGCCUGCCCGUGACAGGCAAGGCCCACCUUCCUGCUACACCUGAGAGUUGCAAAGUGGCACUCCUAGGGGUAAGCCUGGCUAGCCCCAGUGACAAGAACAGAAAGUGUUAGUUGGCAUCAGGGUCCCCAGUCCAGAGCUGUGAGGACCCUCGCUGUGGGUGCCAGCUCUGGGCGGCAGGAAGAUGGAACAGGCCUUCCGCAGGGCACACAGCAGCCUGUAAGCUGGGUUUGAAGCUGGGGGAGGUCCGGCCUCCUGAGCAUCAGCCCAGCUCACCACGAUGCUCUGCUCCAACACUAAGGCGGCCCCCUUGGAGUCUGGCCGUGAGUGCUCGGCAGUCACUCCCUCUGUAUUCCUGGGUGCCAUAGGCUGGAUAGAGCACCUGCCACCAUUUCUGUGGCAGGAGGCCAGGUUCCCAGUCACCUCUUGCUCUCCAUCACACAUACUCCUGCUGGGCUGGCCACUUUGGAAACAGGUGACUCCAGUGAACUGCAUUUUCCAUGUGCCUUCUGCUUCAGGCCUGGGGGUCUUUCCUGACCCUGGCUUCCCCCGACACUGGGCCUGGUCGCAUCCAUCCUGGAGCCCAGAGCAUCUUGCCUCUGGAGGAUCUGGGGGCUCAAGUUCCUGCCCCUCCCUCUUGAUUUCAGUGCCUUGCCCAGCCCUGUGUGGGAGCCUUCCCCGCCUCCUCCCUUCUGUGUCUCACCAUCUUUAAAGCUUGGAUAGUGGGAUGAUGCCAGGUGUCCUGGGGCCCAGGGCAGGAGUUGCAGGGAAUGGGCUUCUGCAGGUAGCACCCCUCCACCUCUGACUUGGCACCCCUGUCUCUGAGAGUCCUAGGUCAUAACUGGCCUCAGUCUGCUUUCUCACCGCUGUUGCCUGCCUGCAGUUCUCACAGCUUUCCCCACAUGUCAUCAGCUUCCAUCCAUGUGAAAAGAAACACUCCUUCCCCAUCUGCCAUAGUGGCACCUUCCCAGGAGGCCUUGCCCCGGAUUGUACCAAGAGGCCAGCACCAUGGUGGGGAAGCCAGGAAUGACAAAGACCUGCUAGUCGCCGUGUGCUUGGGCUUUCCCUGAAGCUGCCCAGCUAUUUUCUGAGAACUCAGUUAAAACAUCUGUACUUACCCUUCUCCAAUUACAUUCCCUCUUGCUUAAGGACAAAGCAAAUUAAAUCAUCCUGCUGCCUCAGGCUCCAAACCAAAUUUUGGGCGCAAAUUUAUUGGCAUCAUAAAGCCCAGGUUGAUUUAUGUGACAAUCUGGAGCCACACACGGUAGAGUCUGGUAGCUGUGUUCCCCUCCACCUCCAAGCCAGGGCAGCCCUAGCCCUGGAGGCAGUUGGCCCAAGGUGACUGCAUGGCUGAUGCCAAGCUGGGGCCCUUCCCACUACCACUGUCUGGUUUCUUUGCUCCUCUAUCUCCACCUGCUGUCUGUUCUGCUAGAGGUCACCUUUUUCUACACCACCAGGCCUCUGCCGCUGACAGCCAGGCAGGCUGGAGGAAAUAGAAGACCCUAAUAGCUAGAUAUUAGGGUGAUGCUCACUAUGUACAUUAGACCUAGUCAGCUACAAGGUUUUCUGUCAACUCUGUGAGGUGGGCAAGUUAGGUCAUGAUUUCCAUUUCCAGAGGGGCCUGGGGAUCAGUGAUGGGGAGGAACCAGAGGAUGCCAGCCCAGCCUGGCCCCGGGUACAGGUGUCACUGUGGAAAAGACAUUAAACCCAGCAUCCUCCAGUGAUGUCAUCCACCUGGACCAGUCCCAAGGGCCGGCAAGGUCAAGGUGGGCGUAAUGUUCUUCAUUUCACUCCCUGCCAAAGCACCAAGCCCACCUGAGCACUGGAACCUGGUGCCAGCAGCCCUAGGUGUUCUUCACCCAAGGCUAGAGAGGUGGCAGAGGCCUGGAGUUAGGGCAGGUGGCAGGUGACAGGCUGGGAGGCACUGCUGAGUGUUGGAAGGUGUUCGUGGGCACAGGGCCAGGCCCGGGGCCACACAGCUGUGCUCCCCACACAGGUCAGGAGCAGCCUCAGCAACAGGCUGAUGUCAGAGCUGCUCUGCUGCCCAGGGGAAGUGACUGGCAGUGCCAGGCCUGGGAGAGUAGAAGGCUGAGACUUCAGCCUGCCCAGAAUCAGAGUCCCAAACAAGGCUCACUCCCAUCAAGGGCCACAGAAAAGCUGGCUCUUAGAGACCAGAUUCAGGCUGCAGGAGAGCCCUGCCGUCUCCCCCCUUGAGCCUGGGGCCUGCAGUGUCAACUGCACACUGAAGAAGUAGCCUGUAAGGAGGGCAUUCUGUGUGCCGGGCACAGCCUGCACAAGCCUCCAGGGUCUCUUCUUCCUUUGUGAAGUGGGGUAACAGCACCUAUAUGGCUGGCCAUCAUGGGAAUUAAAGGAGUGAGCUUAGUGCCUGGCAUAGAAGUGCUCAAUAAAGCUAUUUACUGAUGCUUA